AUGGCUGAGUACUGGAAGUUUGCAGAGUUACUGACUGUUCACGUGACAUGUUUAUACAAUAUCCACAAGCGGGACCCACCGUCACUGGAGAAUGAGCCAAGGCACGCCAACGUUCGCGGUCUCACAGACUUUAAAGUCGAGGCAUUAUAUGCCCGAGUGUCAAUUCUGGAGUUCCUGGGCAUACUGCGCAAAGGCCCCAGUAAUUUCACCGAACCUGGACAAGAAACCACAGAUCUUGGCAUCAAAGAAGGUGCCAGUGCCGCAGAAAUAUCCGUCAAUGCGGGUGACGGUCUCUCAGAAUCUCUCGAUAGUGGGCAACAAAUGAAUCUCCUUACUAGCAAUGCUCGACAGUCAUUCUAUCCACAUAAUGUUCUUCCCGAUCUGAUGCAGUCUCAACAGUGGAAUCUAAUCCCACCUGGCGGACCUGGUGUAGACAUGUUCUCACCGGCUUUUGACCUGUACAACUCAGAGCUUCUGGCAGCCAAUGGUUCGGUGGAUCUGACCCAGAACGAGAUCACGUCUGGCUUUCUGGACAUUGAUGGAUGGGACUUUGGUCCAAUGUCGAUGGUUUAG